CCAUAUUGGACUAGAUAGCUCCAUGGAGACGCUAGCGGCCUGUAGAGUUUAUCCAGUAAAUACGUAAAUGCUAUUAUAAAAAGUGUUAAUAAUCAUAUAUGAUAGAGUUUAAGCGAUGAUAUGGGACGUUCAGGAUUUGUAGCUACAAUGUAGGGUCCGAUAAAAGCACUUAAGGAGCUAUAUCACUGCCAGCCAUGACCACAGCAUCAACCUCAACGCAAUAUCCAGCCUCAAACCCAUCAUGCAGGUUAUUACCAGGGGACAGCAGCCAGGUGCAGCCCAAGGCUCCACUUCUGCAUAUACUGCACAUGGCCGGUGCUCAGGAGGACACGUUUACACUGAAGGAGGUCAUGCACUACCUUGGACAGUAUAUUAUGGUGAAACAACUGUAUGACAAACAGAGGCAACAUUUGGUUCAUUGCCAGGAUGAUCCAUUGGGUGAACUGCUGGAGGUGGAAAGCUUCUCUGUAAAAAACCCAAGCCCUGUAUAUGAGAUGCUCAAGAAGAAUUUAAUUGUCCUGAAUUGCACAGACGCUGCAAAGACACUUUCUGUCGCCAAGGAUUCAAAUCAUGUGACCUCAAGCGAAGAUCCUGGUCAGACAUCUAGCCACCCUUGCAAGCUCAGCCAGGCCUUGGCAGCUGAGGGAAUGAGCACCUCCACCACACAGCCUACCUCACAUCGCAGACAAAGGGAAACUGAUGGAGACUCUCUGGAUGACUUGCCCAGGUCUGCAUGUAAGCGGCCAAAACUGGACGUCAGUUUGGAAGAAUGGGACUUAUCUGGUUUGCCAUGGUGGUUCCUGGGAAACUUGCGCAGUAACUAUGGACGCAAGAGCAAUGGUUCCACAGACAUUCACACCAACCAGCUUUCUCCCGGCCAGGACGAAGACACUGCCAUUGUGUCAGACACUACUGAUGACUUGUGGUUCCUGAAUGAGGCUGAGAGUGAGCAGGUCAGUGUGGAAAUGAAGGAAGCAGCCUUGGAAAGAGGAAGUGAUGGAGAGGAGGAGGAGGAGAAGAAGGAGUGGGACAAGGAGGACAAAGAGAUGCAGGAUGAUCUGGAUGAAGAUUCUCAGUGUCUGAGUGAUGACACGGACACAGAGAUUUCCACACAGGAUGCCUGGCAGUGCACAGAGUGCCGCAAGUACAACUCCCCUAUGCAGCGCUAUUGUGUUCGCUGUUGGGCACUGCAGAAGGACUGGUACAAGGACUGCCCGCGGCUUGUCCAUUCUAUUUCUGUGCCAGACAUCCCCACUAGCAUGGGUGCGCAAGAGGACGGAGAAGACGAUGGCAUCGACAUCCCAGACUGCCCCCGGACCGUGUCUGACCCGGUAAUCCUCCCUUCUCACAGCCUCGAAAGACAACGGCCAACUGACAAAGGAAAGGGGCGUCUUCCCAGGGAUCUUAACCCCAGGUGCUCUGUUUAUGGGCCCACGGGGAUCUCGGAAGGGCUGGAGAGUUCUGAGGGAGACAGUCAGGACAUGCUGGACAUGGCUCAAACCAUGGGUGAUAAGCAGGAAGCCAUUCUGGAGCCCUGCAAGCUGUGCCGCAUUCGGCCCCGUAACGGCAACAUUAUUCACGGCCGCACGGGGCACUUGAUAGCUUGCUUCUCCUGUGCCAGAAAGCUUCACAAGUUCCACGCCCCCUGCCCUGGGUGUGGCCAGGUGAUCCAGAAUGUCAUUAAAACCUUCAUCGCUUAGCAGCUCCCUAGACACACACACCCUAACUGUAAGGAUAUAGCAUGUAAGCACACUCAUUCCUUUUUAUUUAUUAAUUUAUUUUGUUUAAAUUAGCUAUCUUAAUAAAGGCCUAUAAAAAGGUACGCAGUUUGAACUUCUUUUGAACUAUUUUCAGAGCAGUGUUGUCAACGCUGAAGGUUAGGUUAUAUAAAAAAACUUAAAGCUGCAUUCAGUUGCCUAACCCUUUUUUUCCCAAUUUUCUUCAAGUCAAGUCCAAACUGGUAAAUUAAAGCUAUUUAUUUAUUAUAAAUGAAAAUGUCUUUGAGCAAGCAUAUUCAAAUUUUAUUUAAAGUAUACCUGAGUUCGUGACCGUAAUGUCUGUCUUCUUCCAUGUGGCAAUGGUUGAGAAGAUUAAGAAGGUAUGAGACAUUUUCUUAUUUCAGUAUAAAUCUGAGUGAGGCCGUGUGAAAAAAUACUUUAGAAAAGAUAUUGGAAAAGAUGUAUUUAGUUUUCUUUAUAAACAGUGACUACUGCAAAGAGUACAGUUUGAUUUUCUACAAAGUAUUUCAACAUGCAGUGAAAGACCUGUACCCUAAAGCUCUGCAGUACUCAGUAUUUAAUUAGCAUGCUUAAAGCAAAAACAGUUGCCAAAAUAUUGUUUUGGUACACCUUACAGAGUGUAUUAAAGAGUUACCCAAAAUGUAGCUUGCAUGUUUACUUUCUUAAAUCUCAUGUCCUGCUAUUGUACUUGUUUUCUUACCUUCUCGUAUGAUUUUAUAUCUGUUUAGUUCAUUGCAAUUGAGAGCUGAGAAAUAGAGUACUGGCUCAUUGCUGUGGACUUAGCUGCUUGGUGUUCAACAUGUACAGUAGCGUAGUUUCUGAGGUGCUGGACAGUGAAGUACCUAACACUUAUUAAGACAAUGUAGGCUAUAGUGUCAAACCCUUAACACCUGCCUUCAUUCAGUUGGACUUAAAGCGCAUUUUAAUGUUCCUUUUUUUUCAUUGAGUUUCCUAAAUUGCUUUUUUCCAGAAUGUAUUUAGGGCCCGUAACGGUGAUGUUAUAUCUUUUUGAGAAGUGUAUUUUUGUCUUCACGCUCCUUUCACACAGUUGGCUGCCUCAGCCGAGAGCGUAGUUCUCAAGCAGUAACCCGAGCGAGUUGGGUAACAUCAGCGGUUUUGGUUUCCCUCGUUGCUGUAGGCAGUCUAAUUUUAUCUCUUUUGUUUUCAGUCGUAUGCUUUUUUUUAAAGAGUCUGUGCAUUGUUGAGGAAGGGCAGGGGGACAACAAAAGCAGCAGUACUUCCAAGUUGUGCAAGAGCUAAGUGUGAACCACAGGUUCCUCCAAGGUUUGUGUGUUUGCUGUCACUUGUGUGCAGGACCAAGUUUAAAAAGCCUGGUGCUAAAGGUGGUGGUGUUCAAUUGUGCCGCCUAAUUCUCAAGACAGUUGAAUUAUUCUCUCCAGUUCUUUUAUCCUAAUCGACACUUCAGUGUUUAGUGUGUGUCCUUGGUGAUUUGACCUACCCCCACACUCUUUGUUGCACAUUUUUAAGAGGCCAUUCUACAAGAGUAACAGUUCAGUGGCAACCAGCUGCUUCUGACCAAUUUGUCUGAACUGCUUGUGGGCAUUUUUUAAGUAUGAUUUUGUGUUUUAUUUGACUUAAUGUUCUGCCUACAGAUGAGAAUACUUAAGAGCAAUUGAGCAUGGAAGCAGACUACAUUAGGAAUCAAUACUGAUUUGGCUACUCAAGGCUCUCAAGUCCAUAUUUACAAUAUGACUGACUGACCAUGAGGUGAUGCCCCCUGUGACCUGCCUUCAUUAUAACUCACUGUGCUGUUCUCCCAUAAUUAAUGUUUCUAGUUGGAGUCUAUACAGACUGUUCCACUGAAGAAAAAAUGAAAGCAUCGGGGUUAGUGUUGAUUCUACUGCAUUAGCUGACAUACAGUAUACAGUAGAAUCCAUGUCUACAUCCAAAGGUAGAGAAUGUGUGUGGGACAUUUGGGACUUGGUCUAGAACAUUUGCUUGCACUUGAACAUGAAUGCAAUGAGUUUCACAGAAGUCCUCACGCCAUGCCUAAGAUACAGACUUUCUACAGCAUUAAAUGUUACCUUCUUGUACGGAACCUUAAGUUAAUUGCAAAAUGAAAAAAUGUGGUGGAGAAAAACGCCGUUUAUUUCAUAAUGGGUGUCUUUCACUGUGUGGUAUUAAUGACAUUUAUUUUUCAAGUUCAUCUGUUGCACUGUUUUUCAUUUCUUUUGUACAGUACCUUGUCCGAAAGCAGCUCAUCACAGCCUAAUUAAACCAGAGUGUGGUCUAGUUUUUGGCUGUGAAUCUAAUUGUGAAUAGUUCAGACAGUUCAUCUUGAUUUACCACUCGCAUUUCACUGCCAAUUUAAAUAGCCCUGCUACAGCUAUUGUGAUGUGUACUUUAUAAAAUUGAGGUUGAAUUUGUGGGCUUGUACAUUCAUUUGACAAAUACCCUUGCAGUUGCGAAACCUCUUUGUUUUUGCUGAAGAUAGACUUGGAUGAAAUCCACUACGUCCCAGUUGUAAAUUGUAAACUUGAGUAUUUAAUGAUGACAGUGUUAUGUUAAAUGCUUUCUUCUAGAAAUACCUACAUCAAGCUGUGGUUUUGUGAUUUUAGGUUGAUGGUUGGAUUGAUAUUUUGAUUUUGGGAGGGUACAAAAAAGCUACAUCAGUCAGGAAAGUAAGAAUUGAUUGGUUGCUCCUCUGCCGCUUUGCUUUUUGUGGAAAAUAGUUGCUUUUUGAACAUGUGAUAUCUUAAUGGCAAUGCUAAACAGGACUUGUGUUGCUGUGUUACAGAUGCUGUUUAUAUCCAAGAUUGUGGAAAAUUGAGAACUUGUUGUAAUUCAUAAUUGCUGGUUGCACUACAGGAUACCUAACCGCAAGGAAGAUUCUGCACAUCCUAGCCUAUAUAAAAAUGUAACCCAUCAGUCACAAAUUAAUGACUCAGUAUCUGAUGGUGGUGAUCUGUUUGUCAGAGGCUCCAAUCUUCUAUCCAGAAUGAUAAACCAACAUGAAUGUUUUGGAUUUCAAACUUCUAACUGCCAGGGGGCAUGACGUAUUUGAGUUAAUCACAUUUUAAUAGAGGUCUCUAUUUUUCAAAUGUUUAACUCGUCUGUAUCAUGUUGAACAGGCAAAGAAAGGAUUCCUUCUGUCACUUCCAGGCACCCUCAGCACAAUUCCCACGUGUUGCUCCUCAACUCUUCUCAAUGCUUAACCACUCUUAUGUUGGGCACUUGUUUUUUUUACAUAUCUUUAGUAAUUUUCAUGAUCAAGACAGGACAGGAACUAUAAAAGAAUUUUUAGCUUUGGAUUUGCGAUGAUUUCAUGCAACCAAGAAUGUUAUGUUAUGCUGCACUUUACUGGAAGAAUGGCUGGGCCUGGCCCUCUAUGCCACCUUUACUGCCAUGUCCCUGUACACCAUUGAGCACCAGAGGAGUGCAGUUGCUGGUGUUACAUAGUACCCAGAUUUUCCCUUUACGUUUGUUUUCUGAUUUCUCGGCUCAUUCACUGCCAUAGAGUGUGUGACAGAGUGGAUGAAAUGAAAAUCUCACCGCCUGUAUUAUUAAACACAUUUACUGCAAAUCAUCACUGCCAUGUUUAGAUAAUUCUUUGCCGUGUUAAGGGAAUCAGAAAAAUCUUAUCUGUGGCUAUGAGUAUUUUUUAAAGUGCUGCAAUACCCUGUUCAUGUUAAAUAAAAUACAAUAAAUGUUGAUUUGCAUUCA